GUUUCCAAUAAUUUGACGCCAUUUUGGUUUUGAAAACAAUUUUCUAAUUGUUUACUAAAAUAAUACAUAAAAUGAGUUAAAAAUCAGACAUUCAAUUGAUUUAUUGAAUCUUAAGAAGACAAGUGUUUUUGUCACAUAAACUCAUUGUUUGAGACCAAUUGCGGUGACAGUCACUGACUGACAGACAGAUAUCACUCGCAAGUUGACCAAUGAGUUCCGAUAAAAGAGGUUUCGAUGACUCAAUUGACAGCAAUGACUCGUAUGGUUCGCAGAUGAGCGAUCGCCGAAAGAAGCGUAAGAGCCGAUGGGGUGGAGACGAUAGAGAGAAGGUGUUCCUACCGGGGAUGCCGACGAUCAUACCGUCCAGUCUGACCAAAGAACAGGAAAAGAUAUAUCUUCUUCAAGUAGAGAUUGAAGCCAUAACCCGACAGUUAGUGUCCGGUGAUCUCGGGAUUCCCGCCAAUCCGGAAGAGAGGUCACCCUCUCCCGAGCCUAUCUAUAAUAAUGAAGGCAAACGACUUAAUACUCGAGAGUUUAGAACCAGAAAGAAAUUAGAAGAUAAAAGACACGAUUGUAUUCAAGAGAUGUAUGCAUUAAAUCCAUUGUAUAAACCACCGGCUGAUUACAAGGCUCCACAACUCAAGAUUAGUGAAAAGGUUUUGAUACCUCAGGAGGAAUAUCCUGAUAUUAAUUUUGUAGGACUUCUUAUUGGUCCUCGUGGUAAUACAUUGAAGUCCAUGGAAAGAGAUACGAAUGCUAAGAUUAUUAUUAGAGGAAAAGGAUCCGUAAAGGAAGGAAAAAUUGGCCGAAAGGAUGGUCAGCCAAUGCCGGGUGAAGACGAACCCUUACAUGCAUUUAUUACUGGUCUGACACACGAUUCGGUCAUUAAAGCUGUCGCCAGAAUUAAGGAAGUGAUCCGUCAGGGCAUAGAAGUACCCGAAAAUCAGAACGAUUUAAGACGAAUGCAAUUACGAGAGUUGGCUCUUCUGAACGGUACUCUUCGCGAGAGUGAUGGUCCGCGUUGUUCCAACUGUGGCUCAACAGUACACCGUUCGUGGCAGUGUCCGGACAAACCAAAUGUGACCAACAAUGUCGUCUGUACCAAUUGUAAUGGUGUCGGACAUAUUGCCCGCGAUUGUAAAGAAAAGAAGACACCCACCGGUCCCGUCAAUCAGUCUAAGAUCGAUGAGGAAUACAUGUCUUUAAUGGCUGAAUUGGGUGAAGGACCGCCACCACCACCAAAGUCUAGUAGCAAUUCAAUAACUGCUGGUUCGGGUCCAACUAUUGGCUUCACUGGUAGUUCGGCUGCACCCAGAGCUAUAGCCGCACCGCCACCACCUCCUAUUUCAUCUGCUUAUUCAAUGUCACCCAAUACUACUAAUACUACUACUGCUAUGACAACACCACUUUUGCCGACACCAAAUAUGGCACAACCUAACAAUUCGUGGCCCACUUCCACAUCAAUGAAUUCUUGGCCAACAUCGCAAAGUUAUCUUAUGAAUAAUAACAAUAAUCACUAUCCAAUGGGUGAUGUUUACACUCAAAACAAUAUCUAUAAUCCGGCGGCUAAUACCCAAAUGGGUUGGUCUCAAAACACUUGGAACACCUCAAGUGUAUCUCCAGUUCCACCGCCACCCCCUACUCAAACACAAGCAUCAAAUGGUAAUCCUUGGAAUGUAUAUAUGUCUGGACCCGGUGCUCAACCUCCCGCACCACCUAUGCCUCCACCACCCCCACCACCAUCUAUGCCGAUGACACAAAUGUCUAAUAUGAUGGUACCUCCGCCGCCACCCCCUCCACCGCCGCCACCUCCUCCUCCGCCGCCACCGGUGUAAUGAAAUGUAACCGAAAACCAAUAUUUGGAUAAAUUUUCUAACUAACUAUUUAUAAUAAAAAAUUAACCAUAAAAUUACGGUAGUUAUUGAAUGUCGUAUCAAAUAAACAUUUUGAACUUACAAAACAUAGUUUUUAUUAAUAUUACUAUUAUUC